AUGAGGGUCCUUGGAAACAAAUCACCCCUUAGAAAGGUCCAAGGGUUGGAAUCAGAGGUAGAAUCCGACGAUGAAUAUGUCCCCUCCAAGGGCACCGAAUCGAACUACCGUUCGGAAACUCCCACGGAGUAUUCGAAGGCAAGACCACCGAGUCCGCGGAGAACUUCCGAAGACUACGGUUCUGAGGAGGUCCCAAGCUGA